AUGGCGAACGGAGGAGAGAUGCUGCUGCACUACGCCGGCUAUGAAGGGAUGUGGGAAGAGAGGAGGAAGAAGGAUAAAGAGACGAAGAGGAGGAGGGAUGUAACGGCAACACUGAAGGUGCGAGGUGUGUAGCGUCUCUCUGCAUCCCACAGGAUUCCCCAAGGUGCACUGCAGGAGAGAGAGAAAGGGCAAGAGAAAAGGAGAGAAAUAGAAUAUAAUGGAGGAGAAAAACGGAGGAUACUGGACUGCUGCAGGGAGGGAGGGAGGGAGGGAGAGCAUCUGAAACCCUGCUGGUACUGGCUCCGAGACCCACUGUCUCUUGGUGAUGAUCUUUAAUAAUAAACACAAUGCGGUUAGAUACUGCAUCUGGCGUCUGCCCUUACCUACUCUGGUUGCUCAGCCGUCGUGGUUGAUUGUGUAGCUCAGGGUCGUCUAUUGUUUCUUCAGUAGCUGAUUGAGUGGGCGACCAGGAGACCGAGGAGGUGAUCUAGACAGGGGCGCUGGCUGUCCGUCGUUCCCCAGCCAAGGCGUCUCCCAGACGGAUCCACUCCCUGUCCCUGGCAUGGUGCUCCAAUCCAGACUGUUUCUCUAGAGUCUGUUGUCACGCAAGCAGAAUUCCCGCCUUGGUAAUACUAGAUGGAGCUGGACACUGCGGUGUGUGUGGCCAGCAGCUGGUCUGUGUGAUGUCUCCGUUAAAGGUUGUUUGUUUCACCGGGUGCUGCAGCAGCGUAGUGCGUUGCUGAGAGACAGUGUGCUGUGUCACUGUCUGUGUCUCAAAUAGCACCCUAUUCCCUACAUAGUGCACUAUAUAGGGAGCCAUUUGGUACGCGCAGCCACUGUCCACUGCACUUUUGCACCGGCCCAGGGGAGCGCAGACCGACAGACGGACUGGCGCACUGCAUUACACUGCAAGUCACUGCAACGCAGUUGUGUCCGUCUCCUAUACCAAACCACCUGAAUGGAACAAAGAUCUAUCGUCAAACCUGGCUUAAAGAUGGAUAAUGGAUUUUGAAUUUACUGGGACAGGGUUGUCUUUUUGAAGGGUUGCCCGGAGCCAGGGAGGAUUGCGGUGGCUGGCUGGCUAGCUAGCUGGCAGAUGGGCAGUGAGAUAUUGGAGGUAGGGAUGGUACUAUCGGCUGGUGCCUCGUGCUGCUUCUCGCGUUACUGAUUUCACUGCUACAGCGGUGGAUACUAGCGCUCUUUGAUGUCGUGCUGUAGAGUGGCAUUGGCUUGUGGCUGAUUGGCGGACAGUACAGUGAGGUUGUUUCAGUAUGAAAAUGUAUGCAUUCACUAACUAAUUCGCUCUGGAUAAGAGCGUCUGCUAAAUGACUAAAAUGUAAAUGUUUCACAUUGUGGGGUGUUUGCAAGGAGGCUAGUGUGUGUUCAGGUGGAUAAUAUUUAAAGAACUCUGCUGUGUGUGUGUUCAAGCUGAGGAUGUUUAGAGGUGUGUGUGUAUGAGACGGGCGGAGAGAGAUUGCGUUCUCAGACAUCUCUUAUUGUUGUCACUGGGCUGCUGGAUCCCCCACCCCCUCCCUGGGUCAGCUGGUGCAUUGCCAUGGCAACCCCGGUCCACUCCCUGGUCCACUUUGUGUAGCCGUUAGCGAUAAUGCUAAUGAUAACCGUCUGCUGGUUGAUGGAAAGGCUUUCCCAAAAACCUUCUCAGUUAAAUGUUAAGUAAAAAUUAGCCUCUGCCUACCUGGCAGAAUGAUAUCAUGAUUAUUUGGAUCAACCCAGUGACCAUUUGUUUGGCAAACUCUGCAAUCACAUGAGCGCUACAGAAACACUGCUAACCAAACAAAGGGUGUGCACACUUGCUUUAAAGGGUAACUACACCAAUAAUUAAACAUUUCUUAGAUUUUUCCAAGACCUCAAAAGUGGUCUCCUGAUGUGGUGUAUAUCCAUUGUUGUGGACUUAGAACAUCCAACUUUGUUGUUUUUCUAUAAAAAAAUGUGUGAUUUUGAGAGGGAAAACCUGAAAAAACUUUGACAAACGGAAACCUGGAAAAACAAACAGAGAAAUUGGAAUUUGGGGGAAAACAAAACGGAAUCAGGCAAAAAAUAAACACUUUUCUAGGGCCCUACAUGUCAGCCAGAUUGCGUUUAUUUUUUUGUUUUUUGACCUACCUAGGUUUCUUUUUUUUUUUUUAAGGUCCCUUUUAAAAAGCAUGGUGAGUUAAAUCAUUGGAAACUUGUCAACCCAAUGAAAGGGAGUGAGAAUGGAUGGACACAAAGGGGCUUCACCAUAACGUAGCUUGUGUUCUUGAGGAUGAUGAGUAGGGGUGGACAUUGGAUAACUAGCUUAUUUUUUGCUCAUAUUUAGCCAAAUUUGAUUUGUGUCGUCUUGAACUUGCAUUGCCAGCCAGCCACUUUACAAACCUAAAAUGUAUGGACUUACUUCUACCUUAUAUCUUAUGAACCUAGGUUGAAAUCUCAUUGGACUUUCCGUUUUCUUGAUGGUUAGAUUGGAACAAAAACCAGUUAGCCUGGCUAUUGUUGUCCAGGAGUGGAAAGAUGAAGGAGCACCACCAUCAAUGAAACAUCAAGCCUCCAGUUGACAGAUAGGGGUGAUGAAUAAGUAGGGGGGAUGGGGGACAAUAUUGAGCAGGGGGAAGGAGAAUGGGCCGCGAGUCAGGUUUAUGGGGGCUAGGAUGGAGGGGAGGGGAGUUAUCCUUCUUUCAUCUGUUGUGCCCUGGAAGCACUGGGUAAAGAAAGGCUCCAAGUAACCCCCCACCUUCUCUCUUUCUCUCCCUCUUUUCUUUAUCCCCCACUCCCUCCAUCCCUGAGAGAAGUGUGAGGGGAAAUUAACAUGAUAGGCUACAUUAGAGAUAAUUGAUACCCUGGCCUAAACAUCAAUGUACUGUGUGUGUUCUGUGUUGAUAUCGGUUUGUGUGGGUAUGUUCAUUCCUCCUUGCCCCAGUGUGUGUUGUUGUAUUGAGACUGAGAUACUUCAAUCUCUUGGCAGAAGAGCAAGUUUCUUUUUGUAGGAGGGAGGAGCAGGUCAAGUACUGUGUGUGUGUGGGAGCAUUGUUAACACAGCCAAACGCUGCUGUCUUUAAGUAGCAUUACAUGUUACAGAAAUACCUUAAAGAACCUAGAAUAGUGCUCGAUGGGAUUUAAAGGGUAGACAGCUGCUGAACACAUUGAGGUAAAUCUCUGCUCUCUAUUCCUUUUUUCUCUUCCUCCUCACAUUCCUCUUCUCUUCCCUCUUCUUCUCUUUUGCUCCCCCCCUCUCCUCUUACCUCUCCUCUUUCCCUCUUCCUCCUCUCUUUCCCUCUUCCUCCUCUCUUUCCCUCUUCCUCUUCUCUUUCCCUCUUCCUCCUCUCUUUCCCUCUUCCUCCUCUCUUUCCCUCUUCCUCCUCUCUUUCCCUCUUCCCCCUCUCUCCAGCGGUCGGGCACACGGCGGCGCUACCAUGACGAUGGUAUCUCGGACGACGAGAUCGAAGGGAAGAGGACCUUUGACCUGGAGGAGAAGUUGAGGAGCGAGAGGUUCACCUCAGACAGGGUCAAACGCAUGGAGGGGAAAGGUCAGUGUUGGGGGUCAUCGUAAUGGUCAUUCUACGGUGGAGGGUUUUGCUGUAGCUAAAUAUUGGAGACAUUGACUGUGUCUGAAAUGGCACCCUAUUCCCUCUAUAAUGCACUUAUUUUGACAGUAGUAGUGCACUAUAGAGAAGGGAAUAGGGUCUCAUUUGGGCGUUGGUUACAAACUUGAGUAGCUUUGAGGAUUCCUGUUUAGUUUAUGGCUUAUCGUGUGUGUGUUUUUCCAGACCUCACGUUUGAGUACAUCCAAAGAGGUGGGUUGAGGGACCCGAUCAUCUUUGAGAAGCCAGACGGACUGGGCAUCAAGUACGUCCUCCUUUUCCCCUCAACAAACUCUGUUGGAAACCCACUCACUUUAUUCUAUUUAUUUGAACGGCUAGAAUUGUAUUAGAGUUUAUAAAUCUCCAUGAGUAAUAUGUAACCCUGGUUUGUUUUGGUUUGUUGUGCUCUCUAAAGGAUGCCAGAUCCAGACUUCAGUGUGAACGACGUGAAGAUAUUUGUCGGUAAGAUUCCCUCCUCCUCCAGUGCUUCUAUCCAAACAUGCCACUUCCCUUUUCCAAUUUCUCUCCUUCUUCACCCACACUCUACUUCUAUGCCAACUCUCUUCCUCCAUUUAUUUUGUCUUUCUUUUUUCUUUCCCUCACUCCCUCAUUUACAUCUCCUUUAUUUCUCUCCCUCCCUCACAUUUUUAACACCACAGUCAACCAAACAAGUCCUGCAGGCUCUAGUUUGAUCUAAUCUUGACAGUAUUGCCCGGUGAUAUGGUCAAGUGCUGCAAAGAAGGAAUUUGAAAAGCUGCAGCUGGCCCAGAACAGAGAAGCAUGUCGUGCUCUUCAAUGUAUACAGAGGGCUAAUGUCAACAGUAUGCAUGACAGUCUCUCUUGGCUCAAAGUACAGGAGAGAUUGACUGCAUCAAUUCUUGUUUUUGUGAGAAAUAUUGUUGAAAAUUCCAAAUUGUCUGUAUAAUCAACUUACAUAUAACUCUGACAGACAUACUUAUCCACCAGAAAUGCCACCAGGGGUCUCUUCACAGUCCCCAAAUCGAGAACAAAUUUAAGGCAAUGCACAAUAUUCUGUAGAGCCAUAAUCACAUGGAACACCCAUCCAUCUCAAAUGACUCAAGCAAACAGUAAAAUUAGCUUCAAAACAACACCUCACAGAACAAUGCCUCUCCCUAUCUGACCUAAUUAACUGAUAGCCAUACAGUGCAUUCAGAAAGUAUUCAGGCCCCUUGACUUUUUCCAUAUUUUGUUACGUUGCAGCUUUAUUCUAAAAUGGAUUAAAUCGUUUUUUCCCGUCAUCAAUCUACACACAAUAACCCAUAAUGACAAAGCAAAAACAGGUUUUUAGACAUUUUUGCACAUUUAUUGAAAAUAAAAAAUGGAAAUAUCACAUUUUACAUAUGUAUUCAGACCCUUGGGUAUGACGCUACACGCUUGGCACACCUGUAUUUGGGAAGUUUCUCCCAUAUUUUUUCUGCAGAUCCUCUCAACUCUGUCAGGUUGGAUGGGGAGUGUCACUGCACAGAUAUUUUCAGGUUCCUCCAGAAUUUCGAUCAGUUUUCAAGUCUGGCCUUGUUGGCACAAUAGAAAGCGUCCUCGUUUUUAGCUGUGUGCUUAGGCCUUGGGUUGAGGUGAACCUUACACCCCUGCUGAAUCUGACUAUUGGAGCAGUUUUCAUCAAGUUCUCUUACUUGCUCGUUCAUUUUCUCAUCCUGUCUAGUUGAUGAACAUUCCCACUGCCUCACAUAAUAGGAAGCCGCUCCUGCGUUGUCUUGGCUGUGUGCUUAGGGUCGUUGUCAUGUGCCUUUUACUGAGGAGUGGCUUCCGUCUGGCCACUCUACCAUAAAGACCUAAUUGGUGGAGUGCUGCAGAGAUGGUUGUCCUUCUGGAAGGUUCUCCCAUCUCCACAGAGGAACUCUGGAGCUCUGUCAGAGUGGCCAUCGGGUUCUUGGUCACCUCCCUGACCAAGGCCCUUCUCCCCCGAUUGCUCAGUUUGGCCAGGCGUUUCUACAAUCAAGUUGUAGAAACAUCUCAAGGAUGAUCAAUGGAAACAGGAUGCACCUGAGCUCAAUUUUCGAGUCUCCUAGCAAAGGGUCUGAAUUCUUAUGUAAGUAAGGUAUUUCUGUUUUUUAUUUUGAAUAAAUUAGCGAACAUUUCUAAAAACCUGUUUUUGCUUUGUCAUUAUGGGGUAUUGUGUGUAGAUUGAGGAAAACAAAUAAUUGUAUCCAUUUUAGAAUAAGGCUGUAAUGUAACAAAAUGUGGAAAAAGUCAAGGGGUCUGAAUACUUUCCGAAUGCACUGUACAUGCACUGAUGUGUGGGUAACUGUCAGUAGGACCUUUUUUGGUUCUAUUGUUCUCAUUUGAAAUUGGUGUAGCUCAGUCCUUGAACUAUUCUUGUCUAUUGAUGUUAUGUCAUGUUUUAUGUUCUGGAAGAGUAGCUGCUGCUUCAGCAACACUUAAUGGGGAUCCCAAUAAAAUACUAAAUACUCUCUUGCCUUCUCUUUUCCUCUUUUCCUCCUCUCACCCUUUCUCUCUCCCUCCCCCUUCCUCCUCUCUCUCUCUCCUUUGUCCCUCCCUCCCCGUAUCACUCCUCUGUCUCUCUCUCCCCCUCCUUGGCUCCUCCAGGCAGCAGGCGUAUGAUCGACGUGAUGGAUGUAAGCACUCAGAAGGGUAUAGAGAUGUCUAUGGCCCAGUGGAGACGUUACUACGAGACGCCCCCCUCCCAGAGGGACAAACUCUACAACGUCAUCAGCCUGGAGUUUAGCCACACCAAGCUGGAGAACCUGGUCCAGAGGCCCGCAUCGGUCAGUCUGAGAUGUGCACACACACACACACACAAAUCGGCACACACAUCGACACAGACACACACAUAUUAGCACACAGACACACAAACAUAAAUCGGCACACAUACACACACACACACAUACAUAUCGGCGCACACACAUUUUGGCACGCAGACACACCCACACAUCCUCCUGUCUGUACUUACCUCCUCCUGUGUAUUCUAUCAGGUGGACAUCAUAGACUGGGUGGACAACAUGUGGCCUCGGCACCUAAAGGAGAGACAGAGAGACUCCACCAAUUCCAUCACAGACAUGCAGUACCCCAAAGUGCAGAAGUAAGGCUCACUUGCGUCCCAAAUGGCACCCUAUUCCCUAUAUAGUGCACCACUUUUGACCAGGGUCUGUAGGCUCCACCAACUCCAUCACAGACAUGCAGAAGUGAGACCCUCUUCCUCAUCAACUGUAUUCUCCUUCCCCCCUCUUUUCCUCCUCCUCUGUUCCAGGUACUGUCUAAUGAGUGUUCAGGGCUGCUAUACAGACUUCCACAUAGACUUCGGAGGUUCCUCAGUCUGGUACCACAUACUGCGGGGAGGCAAGGUGAGAACGCACUGCUUGAUUUUACAAGGCACGACAUGGACUCGACUCGAGUCUCGACCCGUUCUAUUUGGGACUCGACUUAAGACUCAGACCCUAUGAGUUGAGACUUGGGACUUGAAUAAGAGUGACUCUGGUUUCCUCUCACUUCCCACCUCUGACCCCUUACUUCCUGUCAGGUGUUCUGGCUGAUCCCGCCCACGCCUCAGAACCUGGAGCUGUAUGAGGACUGGGUGUUGUCAGGGAAACAGGGAGACAUCUUCCUGGGAGACAAGGCCCAGGACUGUCAGAGGAUAGAGCUGAAGCAGGGCUACACCUUCAUGAUCCCCUCAGGUACACACACACACACACACACACACACACACACACACACACACACACACACACACACGACUCGCAGACAGACAGAGACAACACACACACACACACACACACACGACUCGCAGACAGACAGUGACAACACACACACACACACACACGACUCGCAGACAGACAGACAGACACACACACACACACACGACUCGCAGACAAGACACACACACACACACACGACUCGCAGACAGACAGACACAACACACACACACACACACACACACACAAGACUCCACAGACAAACCACACACACACACACACACACACACACAACUCGCAGACAGACAAAGACACACACACACACACACACACACACACACACGACUCGCAGACAGACACACACACACACGACUCGCAGACAGACAACACACACACACACACACACACACACACACACACACUACUCUGCAACAACACACACACACACUACUCGCAUACAACAGAGACACCACACACACGACUCGCAGACAGACAGAGACACACACACACACGACUCGCAGACAGACGGAGACAAACACACACACGACGUACACACACACUUUAAAAAUCCUACUCGUACUUUGACACACACACACAUACAGAUAUUUAACCAUUUAAAAGUGAGUUGAACUUCAACCUAGUGUCAUGUGUUCCUUUUCCUCCUACCUGUUUCUAAUGUUUGUCUUUAUUUGUGUCUUGUCAGGUUGGAUCCAUGCCGUCUACACUCCAGUGGACACCCUGGUGUUUGGGGGAAACUUCCUCCACAGCUUCAACAUCCCCAUGCAACUCAACAUCUACAGCAUCGAGGACAGGACACGGGUAGGUCCAACACACACACUCUUCUCUCGCUCCUAAAUGUACUCAUAUUUUGUAUUCCUGAACACUCGUAGAAGAGAAGUUCCAAUGUAUGUACUUGAAUUUAAAAUGGCAAAUAAAUACAAGCUUGAACUUGGUGUCUCUGCAGGUACCAGCUAAGUUCCGCUACCCGUUCUACUAUGAGAUGUGUUGGUACGUGUUGGAGAGAUACCUCUUCAGUCUGACCAACACCUCCUACCUCACACCUGAGUUCCAGAAACACUCCCUGGGCAUCGGUCAGUGCCAACACUACCCCCACCCCAUCCCCCCCCCCUCUCUCUCUGUCUCUCUCUCUCUCUCCAUCUUUGUUCCUCUGUUCUCUCUCUCUCACCCCCUCCCUCCCUCUCUGUCUGUCUCUCCACUCCACCUCUACUAUUCCAGCUUUACAGCAAGCAGCUCAACCCUUUCCUAACCAUCAUCAUUACUCUAUAUUAGGUGAUUACGUUUGAAUGACAACACAAGAUCUAUAACUUGAGACGUGCGUUCUCUGUAUUACGUUAGACUACAUACCUUGAAUUGCUUUGUGAAGUGUCUUCUCUUUCCAACUCCACCUCUCAAUCUCUCUGUCCAUCCCUCCCUCCCUCCAGGUCUGAUGAGAGACCCCUCCACCUGUGAGUCAGUCAACGGCCACACCCAGGAGGAGGCAGAGGAGGAUGAAGAGGAGGCUCCCCCAACCCGGGGCUCUAAGCCUGGGGUGAAGGUUCACCUGACGCCCUUCGAGUUGGAGGGGCUGUGGAACCUGCUGGGGAAGCUGGAGUCUCUGCCCUCACAGAAGAACUGUGUCCCGGCAGGCAUACACAAUGCUCCCGCACUGCUGCACGACAUCAGGGUAAGGGCUGGGUGGGUAGGGAUGGGUGGGUAGGGCUGGGUGGGUAGGGCUGGGUGGGUAGGGAUGGGUGGUGGGAUGGUGGGUGGUAGGGAUGGGUGGUAAGGAUGGGUGGGUAGUAUGGGUGGGUAGGGAUGUGGUGGGUAGGAAUGGGUGGUAAGGGAUGGGUGGGUAGGGAUGGGUGGGUAGGGAUGGGUGGUAAGGGAUGGGUGGGUAGGGAUGGGUGGGUAGGGAUGGGUGGGUAGGGAUGGGUGGGUAGAGAUGGGUGGGUAGGGAUGGGUGGUAAGGGAUGGGUGGGUAGGGAUGGAUGGGUAGGGAUGGGUGGUAAGGGAUGGGUGGGUAGGGAUGGGUGGUAAGGGAUGGGUGGGUAGGGAUGGGUGGUAAGGGAUGGGUGGGUAGGGAUGGGUGGUAAGGGCUGGGUGGGUAGGGCUGGGUGGUAAGGGAUGGGUGGUAAGGGCUGGGUGGGUAGGGCUGGGUGUGUCUGACAUAAUUAAAUAUCAUAAUAUCAAAAUGCAUGACUGACUGUAAGUCACUUGGGAUAAAAGCGUUUGCUAAAUGGCAUAUAUUAUAAAGGUUUAGUGUGUGUGCAUGUGUUUUUUUCAUGUACUUGUCUAACCUUCUCUUGUCCUCUCUAAGGCCCUGCUGAAGGAGCAUGCUAAUGACAUCCCCAAACUGUCCUACACUGGAAAGCCCAUCGUCAAGUGGCCCAAGAGGGUGAGAAGGACACACCACAUUCAGUCUGCACACAUGCUCAUAGUAGCCCUUUACACUCCUACCCAUGUACGGGUAAAAAUGGGCCGAUUUGGGCACUGAUAAGCGCCUUAAUUGGGACGCAGUGGCUGUACAGUAACAUGCUAUACCUGACGUCAGAGCUCAGGUUCUCCGCUUCACAGCUCUGUAUGGGUUUUAACUGACAGCCGUUAUAAAGUUGAGCACCGCGCGAUAAGAAAUUGCCCCCAUCCCUCCUGCUAAUUGGGUAAAUGUUUUGUUGACUGAGAGGGAAAUGCUUUAGAUUAAGAGGACUCUAUGUAUUUUGAAAGAUGGAACGUUGUGGAUGACAAAUAAAUACCGAUUUUAUGUCAUACAAGCAAGCCAAACACUGUGAGUCCAAAUGUGCACUUCACACUUCCAUAUCAUAAAACGAAUGUCUAUACAGUGUCAACGUUUAUGAUCACGAUGUUUGAUGUACAGUUACAAGAUGACAUACCCUGUUCUGAACAGAAUGAGCCUAUGUUUGUUUAUUGUGAAGAAGAUUUUCUGCGGAACACGCACCAGAAUGCACACAUGACUCCAUUCUAUGCGCAACUUGUGAAAGCCUAACACUGUAAGAUUGUAUUUUAUAACUUAGGUAGUCAUGUUGGCAAUAGAACAAGCUUUCAAAUGAUGCCCACCUGACCCAGAUUGCGAUUUAUAAUGAGCUGUUUUUAGAUUGCGUAAACAACAAUAGUAAUUGUGUGUUGGCGGGGAUGCAGGGUUGUGUUCCAAACCAAACAACUACUAGUGUGCUUGCUCUAGUUCCACAACGGCACAGCUAGGAGAGCUCAAAAACGCACCUUAUAGUUAAAGACUCUUCACAUAAAAGUGUAUUGAAAUGAAUAUUUUUAUAAUGUUACUGAUUUACUGAAUGUAUCCAGAUUUUCAGAUUUCAUAAUCUACAAAUGCGGCGAGUCCUUAAGUUUGGUUUAAUAAUUUUCCCAUAAUUUCCUGUGGCUACCAUGCUUAUGCAUUUAAUAGUUCUUCUGUAAGAAAUAUUUCAAUUUGGCCCUGUCCAUAUAGGCCAAUUCCCACGAGUGUAAAGGGUUAACACACACAAUACUGUACAUUGUCAUAAGAUGAGUGCAAAUCAUGCCACAUUCAUAGACUGCUACACACCUCAAACACUUUAAAUCCAUGUACUUUUCUGACUCCUAAAUCAAAGGGUAGUUUAAUCCACAGAGGGAUGCUUUCCCAGACAGAGAUUAAGCCUAGUUCUGGACUGAAAAGCUUAGUCUUCUUUGCCUUCAUCCUCCCCAAUGUUAGAUUUUUUUAAAACAUUGAAUUCACCUUUAUCCCAAUAAUUCUUCCCCUCCAGCCGUCGUGGUACCAGCCCCCUCCCCCUCCUCCCCCGGUGGCUCGUCCCAAGCUGUCCGCCACGGUGGUGACCCCGCGACCCCAGAAGCCCGCCUCCUCCAUGUCCGUGCUGCGGCGGCGGCGUGUCCGGUGUAAGCGCUGCGAGGCGUGCGUCAGGACGGAGUGCGGGGACUGUAACUUCUGCAGGGACAUGAAGAAGUUCGGAGGGCCGGGGAAACUCAAACAGACCUGCGUGCUCCGACAGUGUCUGGCGGUGAGACAGAGGGGGUGUGUGUGUGAGAGAGAGGGUGUGUGUGGGGGGGGGGGUGAGAGAGAGAGAGAGAGGGUGUGUGUGGGGGGGGGGGGGGUGAGAGAGAGAGAAGGUGUGUGUGGGGUGGGGGGGGGGGGGGGGGUGAGAGAGAGAAGGUGUGUGGGGGGGGUGAGAGAGAGAGAAGGGGGGGGGGGGGUUCGAUGUUUCAUCCGUACAGUAGAAGCAUUAUCACUGUCUCCCUCUCUGCUAGCUCUGUGUGUCCUUACUCUUUAUCUAUUUUUUCCAGCUAGUAUACUGUGUGUGUUUUGAGUCAUUCUGACAGAAUAUACUAGUCUGUGAGUGUAUUAACUCCUCUCUCUCUCUCUCUCCCCCAGCCGGGUCUGCCCCUGUCAGUGGUGUGUGAGAUCUGUGGAGAGGGGAACCAGGAGGGAGGAGAGGGGCCUGUCUUCGCCCUCACCCUCAUGGAGUGUUCCAACUGUGCCCAGAUAGCCCACCCCGCCUGCCUCAAGGUAACCACGUCACACUCCUCAAACUAUACCCUACCUUCAGGUUAAUUUGCUAUAUGUAAUAAAUUAAUGUUGAAAUCUUACUCACCAGAGCUCUCACAAACAAAUCAGCAUUAAAACACACAUGACCACACAUAAAAUGACUUGUCUUUUUUAGUCUGAUGACAUUAGUACAGAUGGAGGUUACUCUCUGUCUACCUCUCUCCUUUUUGUUCUCAAACAAAAUGCUCUAUACUUCUCUAACCAUCCUUUUCUCCCUUCAUCUCUCUCUCCUUCCAUCUCUCUCUCUCUCUCUCUCUCUCUCCUCUCUCUCCUUCCAUCUCUCUCUCUCUCUCCUUCCAUCUCUCUCUCCUUCCAUCUCUCUCCUCCUCUCCUUCCAUCUCUCUCUCCUUCCUCUCUCCUCUCUCUCUCUCUCUCUCCUUCCAUCUCUCUCUCUCUCCUUCCAUCUCUCUCCUUCCAUCUCUCUCUCUCUCUCUCUCUCCUCUCUCUCUCCAGGUAACAGGGGAUGGUGUGGUGAAUACAGAUCUGCCCAGCUGCUGGGAGUGUCCCAAAUGUGUUCUGGGAAUCACCGACACAGAGGUAGACCCUCCUCUAUCUACACACACACACACACACACACACACACACACACACACACACACACACACACACACACACACACACACAAACACAGUGUCCCGGCUAGCUAACGGCCGUGACUCUCUCCCUGUGCUGUGUGUCAGUCUUCGGGCACCGAUGAUGACGACAGCGGGGCGUCCGUUGGCCUCGGUGCUGGCGUGAGCCCCCUCACCGCCACCGCCCUCUCCUCCUCCCAGGGGCCUCUAGGGGUCUCCAUGGAGCCAGGGUCUGCUCUAGGGUUGGGGGACGAGGGCUGGGGCAGGGCGGUACUGCUACACACAGGGCUGGUUCCCACCCCCCUCUCCUCCUCCUGGUCCUCCCCUGGCCAGGGCCUGCUACUACUACAGCAGCGCGGCCUCAAGCGGGCGGGGAAAUGGGCGAGCGGGCGCAGGAAGAGGGUGAGAGGCCUGUCGCCGCUCCGCCUACCUACCCGCCAUCCCCCGCCGCCGUCCUUCCCCCGCCCGUUACAUCAUCAUCACGCGCCUCUCGCUGCUCUGACUGAUGAGGGGAGGAGCUGGGGGAGACGUGGGGCUUUGGGCUCCACAAAUACUGGGCGAAUGCAAAACCUUUUGCUUUAGGGUCGAUAUCAGACCUGAGUUUUAAAUCAUUUAAAAUACUUGAUCUGUGACUGUUAGAGCGUGCCUGGCUUAAUGGCCCAAUAGAAAAGUCCCAAAACUGCAAAUCCCGUACAUCUGGCACUCCAGGCAGACUCAAGAAAACGUUCAAAGUAUUUAAAGGGGUUUUCAACUAUUUGAACCCAGGUCUAGCCGAUAUGUAUUUGUGAGACAGUAUUUGUGGAGCAGAAGGUCUUCGUAGCCCGAACGAAAGCCCAAUGCAUGCGGAGGUUGAGUGAGAGAAACGGCGGCUUGUGAUGUGAAUGUGCUUGUCUGUCUUCACAGUGCAGCAGGCCUUAUGUCAAAGGAGAUGUUACAGGACUCAAUGAACAGCUCAUUUCCGUUCUAUUGACGUUUCCCUUUUUUUGAUUUCAGGUGAAAGGGGACAAGAAUAAAAUGUUACACGCGGUAAGUAUGCCAGUCAAUAAAAAUUGAUUAAAUUAAACCGAAGACAGUUUUUCAUCCUUUCCCUAAAUUAUACUUUGCUCCAUAUCUCCUUUCCUCCCUCCUUGUCUCCUUUCCUCCUCCCUCUUUCAUUUUCUCCUCUCUCUUCUUUCCUCCCUCCUUCCAGAAACGCAAGUCUUCUUCGUUUCUCGACGGCCGCAUCGCCAAGAUCUACCGUCGCCGCGGUCACAGCCGAGACGACGACGACGACUCGGGCAGCGACGAUGAUGAUGAUGAUGAUGAUGAUGAUGAUGAUGAUGGCUCCAGGGGCGGAGGAGGAGGCGCGGGACGGAAGAUGUCCGGGCCACACCCCCGCGGCAGUGGCUCCGCCUCUCGGAGAGGCUACGGGACUGGGAGGCGGGGCAUUUGGAGAGGCUCCUCCCACAGAGGGGCGGGCCGCGGGAGCGGGCUGGCCCCUCACUCCUCCCUGAAGAUGAGGCGCGGCAGAGGGGGGCUGGGGGUGGGGCGAGGUGACAGAGAGGGGGGGCGCAGGGAGAGGGGCGGAAGAGUGCGCCUCCGGGGCGGCACCAGGAUGCAGAGACGCAGGGACGAGUCAGAGGAGGACGAUGAUGAUGAUGAUGAUGAUGAUGACGAUGAUGAAGAUGACGACAGCGAGGAAGAUCAGCAGCAUCAUCGCCACCGGCAACGCCGUAGGCGGAGGAGAACGGAGGACGAGGAAGACGAUGAUGAAGAAGAGGAAGACAGCUCGGCCCGGGACCUGGAGGGGGAGGAUGAGGAGAUGGACGACGUGGACGAUGAAGACGAGGAUGAGGAAGAAGACUCCGAACCAGAGCCUCCCGUCCUCUUGGUGUCUGACCUUAACGACGACCUCCUAAACGGCUCGUACCUGACAGUGACCCUACAGCGCCCCCCCAGGGCGAAACGCCACCCGGGCUCCAUCGUGCCCAAGCUGGAGGCCGCCAUGUCUCCCAGAACCCACGGCGGCGGUCCAGGUUACAUCCAGCGUAAAAACCUUGGGAAGACGCGGCACAAAAAUGGCACGGGCGCCGCCGGCAACGGCCUGGCCCAGCCCGCCAAGAAUCCAGUCGGCCGGCCGCCUCGUCACCGUAUCAACAAUCCCCACGGCGACACAGCAGACAGGGAGAGAGAGAGGGACACUGCCUCUCUGUCCUCCUCUGACUCCUCCGCCUCCCCCACCCCUCCUCCCCACUCCUCCCACUCUCCUUCCUCGCUCCUGUCGCUGCCCUCCUUCAAGGAUGUAGGAAACGAGAAGGGAGGGGAGAAGGAGGUGUGGGUGGCGGUGUUCCGUUACCUGAGCAGAGCCGAGCUGGCUAGCUGUAUGACUGUCUGUAAGGCCUGGUACAAAUGGUGAGUCACUGUCCCUCCGUCUGUUAUUAGAUUCACAUUCACAGCCAUUAGCAUGGCUUGUUGUUAGUGAUUGGGGGGGGGAAAUCAAUACAAUUGCAUAUCGAGAUAUUAUUUUUACCGCUAUAUCUUAUUAACAAUAUUGCAAUGUUAUUUUUGCGCUAGUUGGCUGUACCUGCGCCAUAACUAAAAUCACAGUAUCGAAUCGCGUUACAUAUAGAAUCACAAUACAUAUCGUAUCGGCACCUAAGUAUCGUGAUAAUAUUAUAUCAUGAGGUCCCUGGCAAUUACCAGCUCUACUUAUUGUUAUUAUAGAUAAAGGAGUUGGUUUCCUGUUUCUGGUUCAACGCAGCUUUAGUAUGUUUCGUCCAUUAAAAUUGCAUGACUGUCUCCUUAAUCUGUGGACUAAAGGGCACUUUCUAUGGAGCUUCUCCAUAAAGCAUGGUUUUUAGACCAGAGGAUGAGACAGUGAUGUAAUUUUAAUGGAUGAAAAAUACUCAAGCUUUGUUGAAACAGGAAACAUCCUUUAUCUAACAGGACAAGGCUUAGUCUGUGUCCAGAUCCUAAUUUCUUUACCCCCUGCUUGCUUCCCCCUCCCUCCCUCCAUCUCUCUCCUCUCCCCUCUGUAGGAGUUGUGACAAGCGUCUGUGGAGUGGUGUGGAUGUAUCGCGGUGUCCCUCCCUCUCCUCCCAGGCCCUGCAGGGCAUCAUCAAACGCCAGCCCACCUCCCUGGACCUCUCCUGGACCCCCGUGUCCAAGAAACAGAUCACCCUGCUCAUACACCGCCUGCCAGGUAGGACACACGCAUAUAGCUACUGCACACACACACACAACAACAUCCACCGCAACGGCCUACCUUUACACACACAACACACAACUCAACCCACCGCCUGUCCGGUACACACACACAUCUUACCAUUGCAAGAUGAAUUAAAACCUCCUCCAUCCCUUCUCUCUCUCUCUAUUCUCCCCUCCUCCUCUCCUCUCUCAGGUCUGAAGGAGUUGAUGAUAGCAGGUUGCUCCUGGUCGUCCAUGUCAGCCCUGUCCACCCCCAGCCUGCCGUGCCUCCGUACCCUGGACCUGCGCUGGGCAGAGGGGGUCAAAGACACCCAGAUCAGGGACCUGGUCACACCACCAGGUCACUAGUCAAUACUAACUGACUAACUAAGGUUUUAGGGGUUGUAAGGAGUUACUGCAGCAGCACUGGUGGCUGUGUUGUGUGUACGUAUUUUGGUAAGUGCUUUUUGGGGAAUUAUUUCGCCCUGCGCUUAUAUGUGCGGUUGGGCUAAUAGUAUUGUUUUACAGUACGGCCUAAGACCUCCUAUCUUGAUUUACAGGCUCCGCUCCCCAACUCCUUAACUCUUGGAUCAUCGGACUCUCGGCUGCUCACUUGUGGGCGGCUCCGCAGUACAAGCUGGAGCCGAAGACGUCGACCUGAGCGUCCUCAACGUAAAGUGACCGUGGUAGAGAGACCGCCACGAGCAGACCACACUGACCAGUCCGACUGCUGUGCAACGAACGUUUCAUGCACAACCCUCAUAUGAAACAACGAAACUGGAUGUAUGCGCUUUAAUUACAAGCAUCAUCUGCUGUAAAAGAAGAAUGAAGCUGUGCACGUAGCCCCAAGCAGCCACUCUUUCCGACAUCCCUCGUGAACCCUUACUAGUAAUUAAACUUCUGCGCUUAGUCCUGCGGCUUUAUGUACCAUCAUCAUUGCUGCUCGCUUAAUCCGUGCGCCUAUAGUGCGGAAAUACGGUAGUUGUCAGGCCUCAUGAUAAGAUCGUGGUUGGGUUCAGUAGUAUUGUUAUGGUUGUGUGUCAACUGUGCGUAUCACCCCCCUCCUCUCUCCCCUGCAGGUUCGUCUCGGCUGCGUGGCUGUGUGGUGCUGCGUCUAGCCGGCCUGGACAUCAGCGACUCCACCCUGAGGCUGAUCCUCCGACACAUGCCCCUGCUAGAGAGGCUGGACCUGGCCCACUGCAGAGACCUCACUGACCAGUCCGUCUGCCUGCUCACCGCCGCCGGCACACACACACGCAACACACUCACCGAGAUCAACCUCGCAGGUAGGCGCGCGCAUACACACACUCUGUGAAAUACAUAGAGAUGAACCUUGGAAGGUACACACACACACACAUUUCCCUCAUACAGGUUGUAGACCUUUACCUCUCUCUAAGCCCUCCCCUCUCCUCCUCCCCCAGGCUGUAACAAGCUGACGGAUGGCUGUCUGGCGUACCUGAAGAGGGCGUCUGGCCUGGCGCUGCUAGACCUGCGGGGCUGUAAAGGUGUGUCGCGGCGGGGCUGCGAGGGCUUCAUCUCAGACCUCUCUCACUGCGUCCUGUUCUGUAUGACAGAGGAGAAACUCAUCCAGAGGAUAUCGUAAAAAACCAACCCCCCCCCCCCUCCUCCUCGUUCGUACCCCCAACACCGUACCCCUACGCAAGGGGCACGUAGAGACCCCACACCAGCCAGCAAGGCAGGGGGGGAGAGAGGGGGAGCACGGGAGCAGCAAACACCCCUCCCUCGAAACGGAGAACAAGCGCUCCAGAAAAAGGAGGAUGGGCAAAAAAGGGUGAAAAGGUGAAAAGAGGACGUUCACACUCCUCACUUAGGAAGGAAGACAUGGAGAGGGAGAGAGGGGGGGGAUGGAGGAAGGAGAGGGUAGAAUGUGCUGUUGCAGCAUCGUGUGUUUGUUAGGAGUGAUAUGAACAGCACAGAGACACUUGUUAGUGUUGUUCACCAGGGGUUCACGCUACAGGGCUGAGAAUGGGAACCCUAUGGGUUGAAUGUGGGUGUUUGUAUGGUCUCACAAAGCUGUGGAGAUGAACUAGAGUGAAUCAGGGUUUAGAUUUGGGAGGGGGUUGAGAGGGAAGGGGACUGGAGAAGACUCAGACUUGACUAGAGUGUCCCACUAGGUCUGGACUCUAUACCUAGCUUUCCAACACAUCCUUGGACUCCUUGGAAAACCGAGCCGUUGGGACUCUGAAGCACAGAAGAGGGGAUGGUGGUGAUAUGCAUUUAGGAGGACAAACGAGUGCCAACCCUUUUCUAGAAAAUCCC